GCGGCAGAGCCCGCGGGUUGUGCUGAGCGGAGCUCGUGGGUCCGCACCUCCCCGAGCGCCUGGACUGCGCGGCUUCGUCGGCGGCCCGGCUGCAGGGCACGGCGGCGGCGGACACAUUAGCCGGCGGCCCGCAGUCCCCGAGUGGCUGCUGCCGCAGGUGUUGGCGUCCGCGCCACCGGCCCAGAGCCGCGACAGGUGCCCGCGGGUUCUCUGGGGACGGCGCUGCGCCGCGGGCACCUCCCGCCCGUCCUGUCCCUCAGCCCCGGGCCGCGGCGAAGCGGAUGCGCGUCGGGUGAGCGCGGCGUCCCGCCUGCCAUGGCCGCGCGCCCCGGGCCGCUGUGGCUCCUGGGGCUGGCGCUGUGCGCGCUGAGCGGCGGCGGCCCCGGCCCGCGCCCCCCAACCGGCGGCCCGCCCCGCCGCCUGGGCCCCCGCGAGCGCCGCGACCUGCAGCGCGAGAUCCUGGCGGUGCUCGGGCUGCCCGGGCGCCCCCGGCCCCGCGCACCGCCCGCCGCCGUCCGGCUGCCCGCGUCCGCGCCGCUCUUCAUGCUGGACCUCUACCACGCCAUGGCCCGCGACGACGACGAGGACGGGGGUCCUCGCGAGCGGCGCCUGGGCCGCGCCGACCUGGUCAUGAGCUUCGUCAACAUGGUGGAGCUCGACCGCUCCCUGGGCCACCAGGAGCCCCCCUGGAAGGAGUUCCGCUUUGACCUGACCCAGAUCCCGGCGGGGGAGGCGGUCACAGCUGCCGAGUUCCGGAUUUACAAGCUGCCCAGCACGCACCUGCUCAACAGGACCCUCCACGUCAGCAUGUUCGAGGUGGUCAGAGAGCGGGCCAACAGGGAGUCUGACUUGUUCUUUUUGGAUCUUCAGACGCUCCGAGCUGAGGACGAGGGCUGGCUGGUGCUGGACGUGACAGCAGCCAGUGACCACGGGUUGUUGAACCGUAGCAAGGACCUGGGACUCCGCCUCUACGUGGAAACGGAGGACGGGCGCAGCGUGGAUCCGGGCCUGGCCGGUCUGCUGGGGCGACGGGCACCGCGCUCCCGACAGCCCUUCGUGGUCACGUUUUUCAGGGCGAGCCCCAGCCCCGUCCGGGCCCCUCGGGCGGUGAGGCCCCUGAGGAGGCGGCUGCUGAAGAAGACCAACGAGCUGCCGCAGCCCAACAGGCUCCCGGGGAUCUUUGAUGGCGCCCACGGCUCCCACGGUCGGCAGGUGUGCCGUCGGCACGAGCUCUAUGUCAGCUUCCAGGACCUCGGCUGGCUGGAUUGGGUCAUCGCCCCCCAAGGCUACUCAGCCUAUUACUGUGAGGGGGAGUGCUCCUUCCCGCUGGACUCCUGCAUGAACGCCACCAACCACGCCAUCGUGCAGUCCCUGGUGCACCUGAUGAAGCCAGACGCAGUGCCCAAGGCGUGCUGCGCGCCCACCAAGCUGAGCGCCACCUCCGUGCUCUACUAUGACAGCAGCAACAACGUCAUCCUGCGCAAACACCGCAACAUGGUGGUCAAGGCCUGCGGCUGCCACUGAGGCCCCGCCGGCCGCAGCAGCGCCUCCCGCCGGGGUCAGCCCCGCUCCAGAGGCUGAGGCCCUCAAAUGCCACCGUAGCUCUGGAGGGGCCGAAGGGAGGGCUCUCAUAUCUGCCCCCAUUCAGCCAGGGUCUGGUCGGUCCUCUCCAGGCCCCUGCGCCCCUUCCCCAGGGUCUGUGGUUUGUCCCACCCCAACCUGUAGGGACGGCCACACACAGCAGCCAUGGUAUCAGCACAGAGGCCUAUCUGAGGACUGUCCUUGGCCUUCGUGGCCCAUACUGUGGAUGACCCAGGCCAGUCUGAGUGUACAACUGUCUGGUUGGGCCAAGGUUCGGGGGUGGGAGCAGGGGUUGCCCCUUCCCAGGACAACAUGGGCAUUUCCAGGGCCUAGACACGUGCAUGUCCUCAGUAGUAAGCACAUCAGAGAAAGAACAAGCCAGAGGGGCUCAUGCCCUGGGCCUGCCCUCCUGCCUGGAGAGGCGUGACUCCCAGAGAAGCAAGAAAUCUCAGGGGCUUCCAGUUCCCUCACUGCCCCCAGGUGGGGCUCAGCACUGGACAAAGGUAACUCUUAGCAGAAGCAAGGACAGUGUGCGCAGCGAGCGGCGGCGCUGGCAGACUCGCGGCACAGACCUCACCACUGCCCAGCCUCUCGCGUGGCCGUCAGUGAGCACCCAGGUUCUUUCCCCGCUGAAUGUGGACAGGGUCUUAAAAACCUCAAUACAAACCUUUCAGAGUUGAGACGAACAGGCUUCCGCUCCUCCCUGCUAAGGAGCAGUGCAUUCCCCGGAGCAGAGGGCCUAGGCCACUUCUGGCCAGGCAAAGGGCGAGGGUGGCCACCGUCGGUGUCUGCUGGAGUCUAGAAGGUAGGAAUAGAAUGGUCACCCUGUGUCCUGUUUCUUGGGGCCUGAGAGCCCAAGAAAAGGCCCCUGUGACAGGCAGUAAUUAGGGUGAGCUGGGUGGGAAGGUUCCCGGAAACCACUGUUCUUGGAGCAGCCGAGGCAGUGGGAGUGUUGAUUUGAUUUCUGACUUGCUAACCCUGUAAUUUACCUGCUGGAGCAGACAGUCCAACUGCCUGAACCCAGAAAUACUGUGUCGUUAAUAGCAGAUCCUGGGCCCACCCCAACCCACAGGCACGGCCCACAGAGGCAGAACGACCCGUGUGCCCAAGGACGCGCACCCUGGGAUCCACUCUGCACCCUGAGGGCAGGCUCUGGGAGAGCAGGUCUGGGGCAGGGGUGGAGGCUUGGCCGGGCUGCAGCCCCGACCCCUGGACUGGGAGGUACUCUGGGAGAGAUUGCCGAGGAAGAGGCCCUUCCUGUGUACACAGAGGAUAGUCCCAGACUGUCUGGAAGGCAGGGAGCUCCCCAUUCGCCGGGGGCUUUGAGCUCAGGCUGGCAGGGAUCGGACCAGGCAUUGGCGGGAAUGUCAGAUCUGUAUUCUGGUUCCAACUCAGCCAGCCACUGACCUGCGUGCUGUCUGAACCAAUCCCCUUCCCGAUUCAGGCUUGUCUCCCCUCUGUGGCAUGAGCCCAUAGGACUCUUUCAUCUCCAAAGGCCUUGGAGCCAAAGGAUGCGCCUGCCACCCUCCCCUCAUCUCAGAGCCAGGUGCCCAGCGGCCAAGGACAUGAAACCUGGACCUACUGAACAUCUCCCUCCUUCCAACACCAGGGCAGGGGGGGCCUGGAAACUACCAACAUGUCAAUAUUUGGUCUCUGCUGUGCCUCACACAUAACUUGGCACAGUUAAGGGUGCCAGGAAAGUGCGUGAAAUGAAUGUUUUAAAGAUGCAGCCUGCCUCGCCCAGCGGAACAGGAAUGAGACACGAGUCCCUUCACGCAGUCGAGCUGACAGUACAGCAGCCAUGGCUUUCCUGUGACUUCCAGCACCAUCAGCUAUCCAGGCGGCCACCAUACGGCAUCCAAUGGAAAAGGCCUCGGGGAAGGGAGACGUCACAGACGCAAAGCUGGAGAGGUGGCAGCGCUGUUACCAAGGACACCUUGUCUGUCUGGUUGCCUGGCAGCCCAGGUUACAUUUGAGGCUGCGCAUCAGAAGCAUGAAUAAGGGAGGGCGCCUCAGGCCCACUGACAGCCAAGUCAUCGCUGACACAGGAUGCAAAGGACAGGCGAGGGGGGCCACUCCGUGCGGGAAACUGCUGUUCUCAGCACCCCUCGCAAUCGGACGCAGCCCUGGCCGAUGCCAGCUUAUCAGGCACAGCUCUCGUCUUUCAUGUUUGUGGGGAAGUGGGUAAUGUGCCCCGAGAAAUUCCCUACAAUUUCACAGGAAAGGAGGCUGUCACCAGACUUGGCAGCAAAUCCCAGCUUGGCCUCUUGUUAAUUUGACUACGUUACGUAACCUGCGUUAGCGGUCCCCCCAGUAGAAAGGGUGUUGCUCCUGCCCUUGCAAGGCCGUGAUGGGGACCAGGCUGUGCACAGCGCACUUGGCACAUCUGAGCAUGUGUGUGCAGUGAGUAGCAUCUAUCAGUGGUCUUAUUUCAAAAUAAUUUGCAAAUGUGGGCCUCCGUGUGUGCCUACUCCAACUCACUCUUCUGAGUCUCAGGUCGCCACCUGGACACCUGGAGGUGCUGGUGUAUUCUCCUCAAAGCUGUGCUCUCCCUAAAAAUCUAAACUUGGUAAUUUUUGUUUUAACUGGGUAAUCUCUUGGUGUGAGGGCGGGCUUGCACCUCCCCUGGCUGUGGAGCCCUGGCCAGCAGUGACCGGCAGUGUCCACCUGCGGCCUCAUGGGAAGUUGAAGGGAAUGACUCUCUGGGAGCCUUGAGCAACCGUUUGACUCCCUUUGCUAGGUUUUCCCUCACGUAGGAAAUAUUACAUGUAUACUGAGGAAAUGUUUGAAAAUAAACGAUAUGAACACACAUAACCCCACCACAGAGAAAACUAUCAUUAAUGAUUCCUCCAGUCUUUUUUAUUGGCACAUGUAUGUCUUUAUACAUAAGAUACAGAUAUUUUACAAAGUAAGAAUCAUAUCCUAUGCACUGCUUGGUGAGCUGACUUAUUCAAUUUAUGAUAUAUUCUGAAAUUAUUAAAUAUUCUUUGAAAACAUAA